AUGGCUUCUUCCUGGGUUUCUCGGUUGCCUCUGUCAGUGCUGCUGCUCGUGGCCUGUUCCUCCACGGCAGCCGCCACCAGCUACACCGUCGGCGACGGGUCCGGCUGGACGACCGGCGUCGAUUACACAUCUUGGGCCGCCUCCAAAAACUUCAAAGUCGGGGACAAUCUCGUGUUCAACUACGCGAAAGGGCUGCACACGGUGGUGGAGGUGAGCGCGGCCGAGUACAUGGCGUGCACGGCCGCCAACCCGCUGGGCUCCGACAGCAGCGGCGCGACCACCGUGGCCCUCAAGACGCCCGGCACCCACUACUUCGUGUGCAGCAUCACCGGGCACUGCGGCGCCGGGAUGAAGCUCGCCGUGACCGUCGGCGGCUCCAACUCCCCUGCCACCACGCCGACACCGACGACCCCGCGGACGUCCCCGACGACCCCAACCACGCCUUACACGACGCCAACGACCCCAACCACGCCUUACACGACGCCAACGACCCCGACCACCACCACGCCGUACACGACGCCGACGACCCCGACGUGCUCUGGCGGUGGUGGCACCACGGCAACCCCGGGCAUGACUCCGUUCAUGUCAUACCCCAGCGUAGCCGGCCUCGGGUCGGAGGCGUUGGCUGGCUUUGCUCUGGUUUGGUGUGUGAUCGUCCAGCUAGCGCUGCUUUAG